AUCACUAGCUAUGGUCUAAUGACAUUUGCGUACUGGUUACAAUUAAACAAAUAAAUAGUCUUAAAUAACAAAUAAACACACUAUCUAAUGUGCUGUUUCUUUAAACUAUCUGGAUUGCAGCCAGUUACAUGAAUGGUGUUGGACACGUGAGUUUGUCUCGAUGUGGUGUCUCCUCUUAGCGCAGUAUUUCUCAUGUUUUCUCUGGCUGUUCUCCAAUUCUCUCUCUUGCGCGCUCUCUCUCUCUCUGCGCUUCUCGUGCCCCCUCCCUCCUCGUGUUAUCCACCCACGGGAAAAGUGAUUUUCGCCUCUUUUUUUAAAUGUAUAUACCUCACUCUCAUCCCAGUCAAUGGACUUAUUUCCGUGUGGGCAGCAGGGGUGCAUUUAAAAUGCCAACGUUCUUGCCUGAACCCAUCCGCGUACAAAGUGUUUCCCCGCAAAUUCAGGAAUCACCGUUUCAGUAGCGUGAAUCUGACCCUGCACUGUCAAGGUCCCCCCUCGCAAAUGUCUCGUUUGCACAGACGGUGACCGAAAUCCCAAUCGAUCACUCGGGCUUAUUUUAUUACCAAAGCCACCCCCACUCAAUUCCACAGUGAUUUUUUUUCCCUCCGUGUAUCUCUGUGUGUGUGCGAGGGUGCGCGCGCGUGCCAAAUUCUCAAUCGAGAGCCAGCAGCACGUGCUUCUCACGGUACCGCGUAAAGGCGCGCGUUUAAUUUCUACCGUUUGCAUCCCGUUUCACGUGCGCGCCGGUUGUUCAGUCGUAAGCGCGCGCUGCCCGUUCGGAUUCCAGCAGCGGGACGUCCGGUGACUGACGGAAAGCUCGUGCUACAGCAACGGAAGGUGCGCGAGACUCGGUUUGGUACCACACGCACGAUGAGUGAGCGCGCCGAAGAAGCCGCCGGCGAAGCUUCAGGAUCGCAGCCCGAGCCCGCCCCGGCCGAGCCACCGAAGAGGGGACCGGGCAGACCCAGAAAGCCGCAACAGGAACCCACAGGAGAGCCUGUCCCCAAACGGCCGAGGGGUCGCCCCAAGGGAAGCAAAAACAAGGGGCCCUCCAAAGCAGCGCAGAAGAAAGCCGAGACCACGGGGGAGAAAAGACCCAGAGGAAGACCCAGGAAAUGGCCACAACAGGCAGUCCAGGAAAAGCCCGCUCAGGAAGAAGAAGAGGAGGAGGAGGAGGCCGAGCCAGAAGAGGACUAAGCAACCACAGGAUUUCACCUCUACCUCAUUCAGCUGUCAGCUCUCUCCAAGGGAAAAGACUGCCUUGACCACUUAUUAUUGACUUCUCACUUUCGUUUAUUUUAGUUUUUCCUCAUUCGUUUAUUUUGGUUUUGUUUCGUUCAUGAUAAACACACACACACACACACACACACACACCACCUCAGUGUGUAAACCCCCAAAAAGACGUAAACGCAAACAAACAUCUUGCAGAUGACAAUAGGAGCCGCCUUGCUGUUCCCACUUCAGCGUUUCAAACUGCUGUAAGCACACAAAGUGGUGCAGGGGUUAAACACAGAAUAUGUGCUACAGCGGUUUUUCUUGCGCCACACACACUUAAAAGCACACUGAUGUUUUUACAUCGGUAAAGAAGAUACAAACCGUAUGGUUUUGUCAUUCAGAUGGUGCCUUAAAUGGAAAUACACAAAUGUAUAUACAGUACACACACAACCCCCUCUCUUCAGAGCACCAUACCACCAAAGACAAAGUUAAAAUAGACACUACAGAUACAGAUAGUGUACCCACUGAUGAAUUGGUUAAGCAAAUCUUGUCGUAACUCAGAAGUAAGUCCUCCAAAGACUAAAAUCCAAUCAGGUGUUUAGCACACGAGAGGAAAACUGGUGCGAUAUAGUCCCAUCUAUGAAUAAAUGUUUUUAAAACGUUUGUAAGAUAAAUAAGCUGUCGCAUGUAAUGCAGUGUUCGCCAAAAUGACAGGGAGCUUUAACAUAUUUGACUUAAAAUUCCAACCAGAGCCUCCAACCUGUUAUGCUGCGUACACACCAAACGCAAAGCAUCGCGUUCCUCGCUCUAGGUUACUCGUGGGAUUUAACUUGUCAUGCGCAUUUUUAGCUUGAGUUGAAUAUUUACAAAAUUUGAGGCGAAUUGUGCGUUUUCGCGCCAUCCAAUUUGCGUCAUUUGUAUCGCCUCGCAUAAGUUUGCAUCUAUUCGCGUCUUUGCAUUGACUUUGUAUGUAAUCUACUCGCGCAUGAAUUCGCAUUUGUUGUGUACGCCCCAUUAGUAACUUUAAAGAAAUAUAUUUUAUCAACUAUUAUGUAACCAAUCAUUAGUUUAAAUUAACCUACAAAAUGUCCAUACUUGACCCAACCAUGCGUUGAAUCAACCCAGCAUAGGUUAAUUUAAACCCAUUGGUUGAGUUUGUCCAUAUUUUCCCCAACUGAGCAGAAUAUCCAAGAUGCUUUUUAGUGAAGUCAGCGGUGACACAACUACAAUAUUACUUUUGGGUCGAACUAUCCCUUUAAAAUCACCCUGUCCUUGGUGAUAAAUGUAAACUUGACGCUUUCUUUUAGUUUUUCCCGCCAUCGAUAAAUGGCGGGGAAAAAAUGCCACGCCGCUCAACAAAUCUUCGCAACGUUGGCUUCGCUUAAUUUACAAACGUGUACAUAAUCGUGUUUUAUUUUCGUUUACGGCAUAGCUUUAAGAACAUAACUUUUUUGACGAAUAGGGAAAGGGAAAUGUAUCAACUCAGUCUGGUUCAUGACCUAAACCUCAAUAAAUACAAAAACCACAGGAACAAAACCACGCUAUACCUCAUUACGCAAAAAAGAUACCUGAACAGCAGUGACCGUGUGAUGUCGGAAGAUCCAGCCUGAUCUCACAAGAAAACGUACAUAUUUUACGAGUUGGCUAAUUCGUAUCAAUUCAUACAAAGUUGAUCGUGCAAAAUUGUACGA